GAAGCGGUGUUUGUUCAUUAGAUUCUUCUUCCCUGGGUAUAAGCAGUGAUUAGGAAAAGUUUCCUUUGCCUCUGGGCUCCCGUACCUUUUUUUUUUUCACGUGUUUGGGAGCGUUCUGGUGCCUGUUUUGCCUCCCAAGACCACAGCCACGCUGCCUCGUGUGCAGAGAUUUCUCAAGAGAAUGAGCUCGGUGUCACCGUGCAGCUGAAGAAGUUGCUGCAGUCCUGUGCUGGAGCAGCAGCUGCUUUCCUCCGUGGUGUCUCCCGGGUGCCGGGCCCGGGACAGCGGGGCCCAGAGCUGCCAUGACGACAGGCGACUGCUGCCACCUCCCCGGCUCCCUCUGCGACUGCCCGGGAAGCGCUGCCCUGUCGAAGUCGGUGGAGGAGUCGGAUAUGGGCCGCCCUCAGUACAUCACCCAGGUCACGGCCAAGGACGGGCGGCUCCUCUCCACCGUCAUCAAGGCGCUGGGCGCCCAGAGUGAUGGUCCCAUCUGUCGAAUCUGUCAUGAAGGUGGAAAUGGGGAGGGACUGCUUUCCCCAUGUGACUGCACAGGAACACUGGGCACCGUGCACAAGAGCUGCCUGGAAAAAUGGUUAUCCUCCUCCAACACAAGUUACUGUGAGCUCUGCCACACAGAAUUUGUUGUAGAAAGAAGACCAAGACCCUUGACAGAGUGGCUGAAGGACCCCGGGCCCCGCAAUGAGAAGAGGACGCUGUUCUGUGACAUGGUGUGUUUCCUGUUCAUCACUCCCCUGGCGGCCAUCUCGGGCUGGCUGUGUCUGCGCGGCGCCCAGGACCACCUGCAGUUCAACAGCCGCCUGGAGGCCAUCGGACUCAUAGCACUCACUAUAGCACUUUUCACCAUCUACGUCCUCUGGACACUGGUCUCGUUCCGCUACCACUGCCAGCUGUACUCGGAGUGGCGAAGGACCAACCAGAAAGUCCGGCUGAUGAUCCCGGCCUCGCGGAGCCCUCACCCCGUGCCCCACUCCCUCCUCUCCGCCAAGCUCAUGAAGAAGGCCGCGGAUGAGACCACGGUCUGAGCCGUCCCGCGGGCAGCCACGGCGGAGGGUCGGGCAUCCCCACAGGCCCAGGGACCGUGGCAGCUGUGGGGGCACUGGAAAACAAUCAUCCCAUCCAAAGGCACUCUGUGCUCAGCACGUGCUUUAGACCUUGGCAAAGAGACACAUAAUCAACAUCUGUGGGGGAAAUGGCCCAAAAGAGCCUGAUGGCAGAAAAUGCCUGUCUGCAGGGACACUUUCCUAUAAUGAAAUACCAUACAUGGAAAACAUCUCCCUCUCUCUCUAUAUAUAUAUAUAUCUAUAUAUAAUAUUAUUUUUUAAUGGCCAUGCAUAUUGUGUUUCAGUCCUUUUGUGUUGAUGUUCUAAGCUUCAGGAUAGAAGCUGGCAAUCUGAUCUCAUUCAGAGGUUAAAUCAAUGCCUUUUCUCCAAAUGAGCAUAUGAGGAACACUUUUCAUCAACCAUUCUUGAAAGUCCCCUUCUCCUUUGCACUAAAUUGGUUUUGAUAUACUACAGCAGCCUUCCCAUUACUCUUUGGUCUCUUUUGUGGUGUUCUGUCCUUUCUAGAAAGUUGAGUGUUUUUAAUAAUUAUUAUAAUCCCAGAAGGAGUAAAAUGACAUAAUACUGAAUGGAGACAUUUUGUAUUGUAAAGUACUGUAAUUUUGAGAAUUUCAAAAUCUGUUUCAGAAUGAGAGAAUCUUUUCCGGCACAGACAUGAUCUCACAAAAUGCUUUCCUUGAGAUCCUGGCUUAUCCCCAGGACUCGGAUGCACUCAGCCCUUGGUCUGUCUGGCAAAGGUAGAUGGAGGAUCUGAGGGUGGGAAGAGAUGGCUCCGUAGUAGCUAAACCCACCAUUGCCUUUUGCUUUGAAAAGAUUGAGAAUGGAGCUUUCCUGACCCCAGAAGGUGGGAGUUGGAGUCUCUGUUUGCUGAUGUCCUUUUGCCAGCUUGAGGCCGGCCCUCCUGUAGCAUCAGUUUCACACGUACCUUAGGGGACAGGCCAUGCCCUGGCAGGACGCAGGUGCUCUUGGCUGUCUCUGCACUUUAUUUGCACAUUCCAGAGGAGCUGCUGGCAUUGGGUUCAUCCCUGGUAGUGCUGCCUGCCUGUUGUGUCCUCUAGUGAAACCCCCCAGUUUGCUGGUCCCAGAGAACAGGCUCUGGGUCCCUUGUCCUGGGGGGCCAGUGUUCCUCCUUCUCCUCCUCCUUUUACCUGUGUUUCCAGCACAUGCAGUUCUCAAAGCCCUCUGUCUCAGAAUGCCCCCUUUGCCAAGAGUCCCCCUGGUUUGGCUUUGGUCCUUGCCUCUGCCACCUCACCCUGCCAGACAGUGCCUGGUGCUGAGCUCUCCUGAGCCUUGUGAGUGGCACAGGCUGUGAGGAUGCUGGUGGUGAUGCUGCCCUGCCAGGUGCUCCAGAGGUGUGUGCAGCUGCUUUGCUGGAGCCUGGGCUCUGGCUCCGUGGUGGUGAGGGUAGAGAGCAGGCAAGAGGCAGGCUCUGAGGGGCCUGUGUCCUUGCACUGGGUGGUGAUCCCUCUGCCCCUUCGCUGAAAGCAAGUGGGUCAGUGCAAUGCCCUGUGAGAUGGACAUCUGUAAUUUCCUGAAUUCAAAGCACCAUGUGCACUUCCUUCUCCUCCUCCUCUUUAGCUGCAAAGCAGGCUGUGUUUCCUUGUGUGUUCCCUCAGCCUGAUCUGGAAGUUGCUGGUGGCCUGAGCAGCAGGGACCAGUGUGCCAUCUUGCCCAACUGGAUUGCUCCAGCCCUUGGCCCUGGUGUCUGUCUGCUCUCCUCUGUCCCCUCUCCCAGGUGCAGCUCGGGGAUACCCUGACACAUCUUGCAGCAGCCUCUUUGUGCCCUGAUGGCUGCUCUGAACUGGUCUCUCUUCCAGCGUGAGGGGCUGGUGUGACUGUGGGGUGAAUGUCCUCUGCUGCAGCCAGGCUGCACAUCUCUGCUCCCCUCUCUCGGCCACCCCCCAACUGUCCCCUGCCUUCUUCCACAUACCUGGGGGUGUCUGCCCUUUUCCCAGUCAUGCACUCAUGCAGGGAUUACUCUGCUUCUGGUACACUUGGUGGAGAGGCUGCUGCAGCCCAGCUCCAGUCACAGUCCCUUCUCCAGUCCCAUCCCAUUCCCACGCAGGUGCUCCCGCCCUGCACACCCCUUCCACGGCAGCAGGCUCUGCACCACUGCUCUGUGCCUUGUCCUGGGUGCCCCUUCCUUCAGCCCCUUCCCAACAACCCCCUUGUCACGGGGGGGGUUUAACCUUCCCAGCCCUGGCUGCCUCCCAGGGGCUUGGCCCCACAAGGCACCGAGUUCUGGCAGGUGAUGAGGGAUGCUCUCUCCCAUAGCAUGUCCCCAGGGUAAGGACUUCAUGGAGCCAGUGUUCCAGUUAAGAAACCCACCAUCAAUCCAAAUAUGCAACUGUGAAAGCCAGAAGCCCUUGGCUGGGGCAGUGGAGGCCCAGUCCUGUGUGUGGCCGUGGCUGCACUCAGCAUCCUUGGCUUUGUUGUCAUUGCCAAUAAUUGGAGUUGUUGCAUGUGCCCCCACAAGACCCAGUAGUGACUCUUUGAGUCUUGUCCUCCUUCCCAGAGAUGAUCAGCUGGUGGACGUGGGCAGUCGGUGUCUGACCCACCACGUUCCAGUGCGUUCUGGGGAAAUGGGCUGUGCAAUGAUGUAAAUAAAAGUGAGACAAAC